AUGUACGGGCAUCAUUUAACAUUCUAUGAAAUUAAGGAAUUAAAUGCCUUUGACAUGAUACUCGGAGAACAGGGAUUACGCCAAAUAAAGGCAGAAAUUAGUUUAUUUGACUAUAGUUUGAAGUAUCAAAAAAAGAAGACCUUAGGAGUAAAACCAAAGAUUAAUUAUACAAUAAAUAAUGACAAAUUUAAAGAUCAGGUGGAAGAGCUAAUGAAUAGAAAUAAUAAUACUAAUGGGAAAUUGCCCUUUACAACCACAAUACAAGCAACUAUCAAGACUGAAUCGGAAGACCCCAUAUGGACAAAACAAUAUCCAUAUCUCAUGUCCGAUCACGACUUUGUCAAGAAAGAAAUUGAGAAACUUUUAAAUGACGAUUUGGAUGGGGUCGAAGUCAAUAUCGAGUUCCACGUUGCUAGGGAGCGCGAUAUUUUGUACGACGCGAUUUUGGGCAAAGAUAUACUGAUGCAAGUAAACGUCGUCAUUGACAGUGAAGGGGCGAGGUUCCAAAAGAAAAUAAUUCCCGGGCAGAAGCCAAAAUAUGAGGAAGUUGGCGUGAAAAGUGUGCGGAGUGAAGACGCGAAUCACAUUGAUGAGUUCGCAAAGGAGUUUGGACAUAAAACUACAUUCUGUGUCCUGCAAGAGUUGCAGGUUGAACUUGAUCCUUUGCCAACUGCAAAAAAGAAAAGCGUGCUUAGCCUGAUUACGAACUACAAAAGAGAGAAGAAAAAGCCAUCGCCAAUCGAAAUGAGGAUCAUCUUGUCCGAUGAGGUGCCAGUAUAUCAAAGAAUGCCAGUAUAUCAAUGUUCAGUUGAAAAGCAGGUGGAUGAGUGGUUGGUCGACAAAUUCGAGCGGACUCAUUAUCCAGAUGUAUUUGCACGUGAAAGGCUUGCUGAAAAAAUUGGUUUACCCGAGGCACGUAUUCAGGUAUGGUUUUCAAAUCGGCGGGCUAAAUGGCGCCGCGAAGAAAAGCUGCGAACGCAACGGCGCCCAGUCGAUCAUAUAAACAAUAAUGGCGGUUCCGGCGGUCGCUCCCGUAGUGGUAAUACCUCUGCAAUAGCUGCUGCCGCCGUAGUCAGUAACCAAAGUGGCUCAGGGGCCAGUGGAGUUGGUGGGGUUAGUGUGGGUGGUGGUGCCGCGGCCGAUAUUAAUGCGGCUAGCCACAACGGUAGCACGGCGGAAGGUUCGAAUGGUGGUGGUACGAGCGCAUCUGCAGCCGCGGCACUUCCGAACACAAGUGGUGGAGGCGGAGCAGCAAUCCCAACGCUUGGCGAUGCAGCAACCGCUGGAGUAGUGGCGGCAUCAGCCACUGUUAAUGUCAGCAACCAUAGUAGCGGUCACGGUGGUUCCGUGAGUCCGCCACUACAAGCCGUCACCUCUCGCCUUCCCCUAAACUCUGGUUUCAACACGAUGUAUUCAUCUAUGCCACAACCUAUCGCUACAAUUACGGAGAGUUACAACUCAAUGACCUCAUCGCUGAGCUCGAUGACGUCUACCUGUUUGCAGCAACGUGACAGCUACCCAUACAUGUUUCAUGAUCCACUCUCCUUGAGUUCCGUGCCAUACGCAGCACAUGCGCGCUCUAACUGUAAUCCCGCUGCUGCCCACCAACAGCCCCCACCACAGCAUUCCACGGUGUAUGGCGGCGGUGCUCCAAGUGCAUCCAGUGGUACAGAUAACCAUACAUUUGCAGGAGUCAUCACGGCAGGCGUGUCCGUACCCGUGCAAAUACCCGCACAAAGUGCCAGUGAUUUAACCAGCACAAGCUACUGGCCACGUCUUCAGUGA